ACACUUCAGUCGCGACACCGCACCCAGGACACCUGACGACAUGGCAUCAAGGCGGGGAAACAAGUCUCACAAGGUUCCUGGCGUCAAACUCAGACCAGCUCAAGAAACUCGGAGCAAAGUCAACAUCCCAGACGAUGACUCCUUCAUGCAGGAUGAUGAUGCCGAAGAGAACACACAGUUCGUGGACAUGGUUUUUAGGCCAUUUAGAGGACUCGUUAUAUGUGCUACCGGUGUACCGGACAAGACAGCUCUCUUCAAGAAAGCCCUGGAACUAGGCGCCAUGUCUACUCAGGACUUUACUGACCGGGUCACUCAUCUCGUUGCCGCGACACCCCAGGGUGCAAAGUAUCAUUGCGCCGUCCAACGCAAGAUUCCGAUCAUGAAGCCCGAGUGGAUAUUGGAUAGCUAUGACAUAUGGCUUCAUGGAGACGACGUGGAUGUGGAGGAGAGCAUGAGGACCCAUCGGAUGCCGAUUUUCACUAAUGUCACAAUAACACUCUCUGGCAUCGACGAUGUGGGACACAGGGCACAGCUGCAGAAACUCGUCAAGAAAGAAGGAGGAUCCUACGUGAAGGACCUGACCCGGAUCACCAAAGUGACACAUCUCCUCUGUGCUGGAGACGACAUCACCGAUAAGAUGCGUUACGCUGAAAAGUUCAACAGUAAAGAGGGAGCAAAUAUAAAGAUCGUUUGGGAAGAGUGGUUCUGGGACUCCUUGGAAUUUGGUGGCCAAUUUGACGAAGAGCCCUACCGGGUCACUCAUCCCAGGCCAGAGAAACGCAAAUCCUCGCCAGAGCCAUCAUCGCCUCCCCCAAGCUCUGAACCGAUGUCCGAAACUCAUGAAGCCCCACUACAAAAAUCCAAUUCUAAGACAAACGCGCCUAAUAUCUGCCAAGACGAUGAAGAGGAAGAGGAGAUGGCGCAAGUUAAACGAGUUCAUUCUGAUACUUUACAAAUAUGGCAGAGCCUGUUGAAGCCUAGAGGAUUUCAGAUCGUGGAAGGAAAACUUCUCCGAAGUCCCUCCAAGUCCCAAUCUCGUGCCGAUGCGGUCAACGUGCUAGAAAACCAAAUGCCCUUGCGAGAAGAAAAUCAUUUACCGCAUAAGUCCGCGGCCAAGACUGGCAAGAGUAUUCUCUCCGGUUUUAGGCGAUCCGAAUCCUUCGCGCAUUUGCAGACUGCUGGAGCAGGCCCCAGGCAACCUACCCCUUUACAGCGAGUGAACCCUGUGUCAGAAACAGGCGGAGACAGAGAUGCGACUGAGCACAGUCCCGCCGUAUCAACGGCCAAUGCUGGAGGCAAACAUAUGUUUACCGGCGCCAAGUUCAAGCUGCUGGGUGAAGCCCGCGCACCGAACGUACGCAGCGCAGUUGAGGAUUACGGCGGUCGUGUGCUGAGCGCCGAGGACGAAGACGAGGCCGAUUUCAUCAUUGUUAGAUUAAUCAGUGGCAGCAAUUUCUAUAAGCAGGAAACCGACACUGUUGAGAGGGCUAAGUAUAGGACCGAGUGCUGGCUGGAACGUUGCAUAUACGAAGAACGUGUUUGUGCGCCAGACGAGAAAGUGGUAUUUACGCCUCUUAAGAUCGACAUUCCCGUAGUUGGCGCGGACCAGAUAAAUUUAAGUUUUUCAGGACUGGAGGAGUCAGACGCUUGUUGGGUGCGGAGACUCGUGCGCGCACUUGGCAUCAAUUUAGCUUUGAAUUUUUCGCGGCGUUCUACUCACCUACUGUGUCCGUCCGCUAUCGGACCUAAGUAUGAAAAGGCCCUAGAAUGGGGCAUACCGGUUGUUGGAAUGGAAUGGUUAGAGCGUAUCGGCCGAAGCGGGAUCAUUUUCGAGGUUCCUGUCUCCGAGCUUACUGGCCGAAGCGAGAACCAAGCAAUAGUGCAUGUUCUAGAUGUCAAAGGGAAGGGUAAAGCCAAGGAAGUCGAAUAUGCUCCUGACCUUAGGAUCACCGAUAUCACAAACAGCGCGUCUUCAACUUCUUCCAACAGCCAGUCAGUGCCCAGACGCGUGGCUACGGAUGAUGUGAUAGGUCGGCUUCAUGAAGAAUCAAUGGCUGUAGAUGUGAAUCCUCCCGAUGUCUUCCACGUCGAAGGAGCAGGAGACACAUUCGGCGAGCCAGCCAUGUUGCAAGGGCAUCCUGUCAAGUCGGACCAUCGACAGCAAUCUGUGCACGAGCAUGCUCCUGUGACACCUCACUGCAGUGAAGACCAGCUGAUGGAGGUCCCCGAUCGCAACGAUGACCAAGCGGAGGAUGCAGCGAAGGGACAAACUAUUCCUUCCUCCAAUACACCGUCGCCGCUCAAAAAUCCCCGGAGCAGUAGCAUGCCCAUUUCCCCAGUUAAACCCUCGCCCACAGCCGAAGCGACCAGGGCGCUGCAGGAACGACUGACCUCUCUUCUGGGCAAGCGCCCUUCGGAGGAGGAAGAGACUCUCGCAGGCGGUAUCGUAAGGCAUGGAAAGAGAGUUAGGCCCCCAUCACGGUCGAAGUCGUGUUUUCAGCGGCCACAGUCUCGCCAAAACUCGGGAGAACUUCCAUUUCCCCGGGUUGCCUCACCUGCACCCUCGGACCCUGCUUUCAAUCUUGCGCUGGCGCGACCCUUCGAUGAGACAGUACUCUCUGAAGAGAAUACUCGCCCUUCAGACGAGAGUAUCCGCGUUACCUAUGAGGAUCCGGCGCAGAGAGCGGAGCAGAGGAGACUAAUGAGCUUACUGGGUGGGGUCGACAAUCAGAAUCAUACGUCCGACGAGGCUACGGAUGACGUGCCUGCAAAUGUCCGGCCGAAGAAAAGGAAUCUUGUGCGACGGAGUGGAGGAACAAGAGUGGCUGGGUUCUAG